AUGGCGCUUUUACGCACUGAAUCCAAAACUGAACUCGAAGUCUUGUCCUCUCUUCUAGGCUUCAAAGGAGAGAAGAUGGCCGAUGUCAUCUUCGCGGCUAUAGAUUUUCAGGGAGCCGCCAACAUCGAGGAAGGGUACAAGACGUCGACCAAUUCGGAAUUCGGUAUCGCGACACUGGAUACUCGCGACCUCCUUCGAACCACUCAAAUCCGGAAAGAUCCUUCGUCAUUCAUAUCGACUCGAACAUUCAUCACUGGAACUCAUAAACAUUGGCGCAAAGUAACGCGGAAAUACCGCUUCGGCACGCCUGAAAGAGUAUCAAUCUACGAGCUUCCUGCAAAGGUUCGACAUGCCUUGAUGAUACAAGAUGAUGUCGCCGAAAGCAAGCCACGCAUAUUGGUCACCAUUCAACAUGCGUUCAAUGGUCACUCAAUGCAUGCGCUGCGCGUGACGAAGGAAAAUGGUCUCCAAGCAGUAUCAGAAGAGCUGUACAUCUCCAGGAUUGCAGCAAAAGUCCUCCACCGUCGAGACAAUUGUCGAAUCCCGUUGACAGAACUUUCGACAGAGCUCGAUCUUCCCUUUCGAGAAGAUCCAGACUUGCACGUCUGCGGAGACUUUGGCGUGGCGGGGAACGACGCGAAUUGUAUCAUACGAGCGCUACUUUUGCUUGCGGUUCGCAAUCAAGAAACCUUCCAAUGUGACGAGGACCAAGUCAGACUUCUUGCUCAGCUUCGAGGAAUUGCAGAAGCUCCGCUCCCUCCUCAAAAGACGGCGAUGGAGGUUAAACGAUUGCUUGCGCUUCAGCCUACAAAGCCCUUGGAUGAUUCCGAUGUUCCCAUUGACACUUCAUUCUUCGCCUCUAGGCUGCCAAAGUCAAAGGACGAGGGCUGGCGGCGCUGGAGCCGCAGAAAGGAGCUGCAUCAAGCACACUUUCCUACCUAUAGAGAAUCGUUAGGAAGCACCUCUGAAGCACAAGAGAGUGAAGUUGAGGACGUGUCUAUCCAGAACUUUCCAGCCACCUGA